AUGAAUCCUUCAAAGAAUAAGCUCUCCGCUCCUCGGAUGUUGGUGAAUUGCUCCGGUUGCAAGAUGCCUCUCCAGCUCCCGUCCGGCAUUCGAUCCAUUCGCUGCGCUCUCUGCAAGACCGUUACUCAUAUCGCCCCCUCUACUCGCAUCCAAGCUCCUCCUUCCGGUAAGCUACCUCACCCACAUGGCAAGAAGAGGGCCGUGAUCUGUGGUGUUUCGUACUUUAACUCUCGCUCCGUGCUCAAAAGCUGCCUCAAAGACGCCAAAUGCAUGCGUCAGCUUCUCAUUAACAACCUCAAAUUCCCUCCUGAUUCCAUUAUCAUGCUCACCGAGGAAGAACCUCAUCCGCUGCAUAUCCCUACCAAGCAAAACAUAAGGAUGGCUUUGUAUUGGCUUGUGAAGGAAGGAUGUACUACAGGCGACUCACUUUUCUUUUACUUCUCGGGUCAUGGUUCGCAGCAAAGAGAGUACAACGGUGAUGAAGUUGAUAGCAAAAAUGAAACACUGUGCCCUCUGGAUUUUGUAACUGAAGGGGACAUUUUAGAUGAUGAGAUAAACGCAACUAUUGUUCGCCCUCUUCCACAUGGUGUCAAGCUCCAUUCGGUCAUCGAUGCUUGCCAUAGUGGUACAGUGAUGGAUUUACCAUACCUAUGCAGAAUGAACACAGCCGGGCAGUAUGUGUGGGAGAAUCAUAAGCCAAAGUCAGGUGAGUGGAAGGGAACAGCUGGAGGAGAAGCCAUAUCAAUCAGUGGAUGUGAUGAUGAUCAGCUUUCCGAUGACACAGGAUUGCUGUCAAGGAUCACCUCUACAGGUGCUAUGACUUUCUGCUUUAUUCAAGCGAUAGAACGCAGCGGCGCACAAGGCAUAACCUAUGGAAACAUUAUGAAUUCGAUCCGUACCACAUUAAAGAACCCCCCUGUUAAGGGUAUUGGUCCUAUGCUGACAAGGAUAAGCAAGCGUCUUGGUCCUGGGGGAUAUAAACAGGAUCCUCAACUGACUGCUUCUGAACUGUUCGAUAUCUAUGCAAAGAAAUUCACUCUCUAG